GAUCAUCCAGUGAGAGUUGACAGUUGUUGUGUUGAAGCUGUUCGGAGAGUCCAGUUCUCCUGUUGCUGCCAUGAGCUGCAGGGUGAUGCUGCUGUCCUUCCUGCUGAUGUCUCUGAGCCUGACGAGAGGAGCGGUGAUCACCGGGGCCUGUGAGCGAGAUGCGCAGUGUGGUUUCGGUCUCUGCUGUGCCGUCAGCUUAUGGCUGAGGGGUCUGAGGAUGUGCGUCCCCAGAGGGGUGGAAGGGGACGAAUGUCACCCCUUCAGCCACAAGGUGCCCUAUCUGGGGAAGAGGCAGCACCACACUUGCCCCUGUUUGCCCCAUCUGGUGUGCACCAGAUACGCCGACAGCAAGUAUCGAUGUACUGACGACUUCAAAAACCUGGACUUUUAA